UGCACGAUGUGGUCAAGUCGCCAUCAUGAAACUCGAUCAACAUCCCUCCAGCCCCCUCGCUUAGAAUGGUCCCAGAUCGACCGCUGGCUGCAGGCAAAAUACCGCAGCGAGGAAGUACCACCCUUUGAGCGGACGGAAGAGUCGGCAAAGGCGCUCCUGGAACUGAUACGACUUAACGAAGUCCAGGAUGAACAUGCACGCGAAGCUCUUCUUUCUUUGCAGGAAGUCUCGGCAUCCUAUCGGAAUGAAGAUACCAAGUUGAAAGAGAACCUUCAUGUCCUCGGUAUCCAACAAGACCACCUCCCCAGCAACGCUCAACUAUUACUCUCCCAGCUCUCAGAACUUGCCAUGCUCCUCGGUACCUCCGACACCACCCUCGCCACCUUUCAUCAAGGUCUUGCGCAGCUCUACCUCGAUACCCUCCAAUACUCUCACCAACAAACACAGCAGAAAGCACGGCUGGCAGCUUUUAGAAGGAGUGAAAUCGAGGCACAGGCAGGACUUGAUCGAUUAAUAGAACUGAAACGUCAAUUGGCUUUGCAGCGGGAAACUGAGGGGGAUAUCGAACAGAGGACACGGAGGCGGAGCGCAGAGCUGAGUAGGAUCAGAGCUGUAGAGGACCAGGAGACGUUGCAGCAUAUUUUAAAGACGCAUCAGAACAGUGAUUUGAAUAUAGAGGCGCAUGGACUGUCUGUUGCACAGUUGGAUAGUAAGGAAAGGACAGUAGCAGAAUUGCAGGCGCAAUCGGAAGCGCAGGCAAAGAUGCUGGCAGCCUAUCAGGAGAUUCCUCCGGAUUACACGCUGGCAAAGUUGAAGUUGACAGAGGCCACCAUGCGGCUGAACGAGCUUACAGCAAAGCACGAGGCGCUCCUCACAGAACUGGCCAAUGACCUGUAGCUCUGUUAAGAUUGGUACAGCAAUUAACGAUGGAUAAACAUUCAUUGCCGCAAAG